AUGGCAUCAAAUUUUACACGAAAAUUACUCAACUUCUAUACCAAAAUUACCCCUACUCGUGUGGAAACGUGUGCUAAUUUGGUCUGCAGCUCUAUUUAUGGUGAUGCUGUUCAAACUGCAAUUUUGUCUGGCGAUAAAUUGAAAAGUGUUAAGGAGGAAGAGUCAAUUAAAAAGCUUGAACGUCUUUCGUCACUAAAAAUGACUUCAAAAGAUGUUAAAAAUUUGGAAGAGGAUAUUUUAUUUUCUCAAAGGAUUUUGGACGUUAACACUGAAAAUGUGGAGCCAUUAUAUAAUAUCGUAGAAGAUCAUAUUACGUGCCCUUUGCGUGAUGAUAUUGUUUGUGAAAACGAAUCGAGGGAAAAGAAGAGAAUGUCUUCGAAUCUUGAAAAUCCACAUGCAACGACAAUAUAUUAUUUAAAUCGACCGCAAAGAAUUAUUCAACCAGAGAAACAAAAUAAUAAUGUUUUUAUUGUGCAUCAACAACAACCGCAACAGCCACCGCAACAACAAAAUGUACAACAGCAAAAUCUUCAUUUUAAUCAAAAUCUUCCACCAUUUUCAAGUGCUUCAAUGCCUUCAACAACAACAAUUAUAAGAAGUAGUCGAUCAUCUACACAAUCUCCGCAAAUUGUUUCUUCUUCAGCUUCACGUUCUUCAGCAUCCCCAGCAUUAAUGUCUUCGUCAGUUGAUGCAAUUACUGCACCUACAGAACAGUACAUUAUGAAAUGUGCACACUUUUUUAAAUCGUUGUUAAAAAUGCGACCACAUCAAUCAUUUAAUUUGUUGGACAUGAAAAAUUUGCUUCGGGAUGUACUUCUUGGAGAGCAAUCACCAGAAGAAUUUACAGUUAAAUUGAGGGAAGUAACAAAAUCUCAAGAUAAAGGAAAUUUGCUUCCAUUUCUUCGACGCUCACUUCCAUCACUUCGACGUUCUAUACAAAAUGGACAACAUUUAGAUUUGAGACAAGCACUCGAUAUUGAUGAAUCUUGUUCUAGUAGCACACCGCAAUUACCUCAACAAUCUGAUGAAUUUACUUCUUUUUCUUCUCAACAACAAUCUCAAAAUAAUCAACAAAAUUUUCAAAUUUAUGGGAAAUGUCCAAAAACAGAAAAUUAUUCUCCAGCAAAUUUGGCACCAACAACAGCUCAUUCAAUGCCAAAAAGUGUAGAAAACAUUCAACAAAAUUCUUUAGAUAAUUACAAAUUUGUUCGAUCAAAUGAAAUGAAAUAUGAGGUUUCAACAUUUAAAAAGGAAGAAUCAAAUACAAUAGCUGAAAAAGGAAAUGUUGGAAUGGAUCCUUCCGCUUCUUCACUAUUUGAUGAUAAUGCUGAUAAUUUAAAUAAUUUACCCAAAAUGCUCUUGAACCCACAAGCUUUGGCUGAUAGAAUUUUGUUGCGUAUGCCAGAUGCUGAAGGUGUUGAUGGUGAAGUGCUUUCAGUUAUUUCAAAUGCAGCAGAAGCUCGUCUUUGUACAAUUCUUGCUCAUUUAUCUACUUUAGCUGAACAUCGAUUGGAACCUUUACGUGCUAAUCCUCUUUAUACUUCAAUUGAUGAACCUAGAAAACAAAUCCGUUUUAUGGAAGAUAUUGAUAAACGUGCUCAUAAUCAUAGACAAACAGCAGAAAAGGAAGCUCUUUUAAAAAUUACUAAAAGUAAAGGAAAAGAUAAGGAUGCAUUAGAAAAGGCAAAACAGAUUCAAAAAGCUGAUAGAGAAGCAAUGGUUAAUCGUGAGGCUAAUGCUGCAGCUUUUGCAGCACUUGGUGGAAGUCGAAUUGGAGCAAAAAGGCCUUUUGCUGCUCCAGCUUUAGGUGGAACUGUUGAUUGGAAAAGUGGAAUGCAAAAUCAAGGAUUAACUAGUGGAUUGACGGGAGCUGCGAAAAUUGCUCGCCUUAAACGUGUUACAAUGCGUGAUUUACAAUUUUUUCUUGGUAUUGAUCCAUCAAUUCCAAGUAAUUCAAGACUUCGUCAUCGUAUUGCUUUAUAUUCACUCUGUGCUGAUGAAAAUACUUUAAUUUAA